AUGAAAAGGCUAUAUACUAUACGAUUUCAACUGUAUAACAUUCUGGAUAAGGUAAAACAACAGACAAGAGAAGAACUCAAAAGCACACUCGAGGAGCUGCUUCUACUGGGGACGGCACUGGGCCUGAUUCACGCUUUUGGGAGCCGCAGUGCUCUCUCUCAUCUGUACAAUGGAGAGGAUACUCGACAAUAUUUACCUCCCAGGGUGGUGGUGAAAGUUUUCCUUUCUGGUGAACUGCCGGGCGGUUUGCCUACCGAAUGGAGGCGCUUUUCUUCCCCCGACGCACUUCCGUGCGCGAGGAGGGAUGACCAGCCGAGAGGAGGGGAAGCUCGUGGCGGAGGUCGCCUGGGCCGCAGCUUUCACGGGCGGCGUCGGGGCCUUCAGCUGGAGCACGUCAAAUGUGUACACACCGUGGUGCAAAACACGCUGAGCCGGCGACGACGCGUCCGGUCGCCCGGCGCCCCGGCUAGGCGCCCCAGCGCUGUGGGCCGACUGGUCUCCGCAGCGCCCCACGUGGCGGCCGGCAGGGCCGAGCGGGGAGAGCAUAUUUGCUCCGCCUCCGCCGCGCACGGUUGCCCUCCGCAGUUUCCCCGCCCGGCUCUCACCCGACCCUCCACCCAUCCCCCUCCCGGAUCGCGAUGGACGCUGUAUCUCCCAGCCGCCGCCGCCGGCAGCACCACGCGGGGCUCUGAGCAGCUGCAGGGCCUGAGGAGACGCGUGCCGAAGACGGGACGUGAGCUGGCGGCCGCCGGUCUGGGGAACCUCUCGCUUCCCUGUCACCAGGUCCUGGCGGAGGAAGGGGAGGGACGAGACGCGGCUUUUCCUGUGCCGCCUGCCCGGCUCGACCUGCGCGGCCUGCAGCUUCCUGGGAACUCGAGGGCCGCGGCCGGGCCUUGCUCUGCCCGCGGCCUGCUUGGAGCUGGACCGGGGCGGUUUGGGACGACAGGCCCGGGUAAGAGCUUGAGGGAAGGGGAGGCGGGAGCGCUUUGGGCGGUCGGAAAGGCCAGGCGUGGUGCAGGCAUCUGGGAUGCACGGCCGCGGGCCGGGAGCGAGACCCCGGACCCUGGUGAGGUCGGCGGGGCUGCCGCCGACUCACCCGCUUAGCCCCUUUGUUCCCCUCCUCCGGCCCUGCCCGCGUAGGGACCCGGCUUCUCCGAGCUGGAGCUCAUGGCUGGCCCCCCUUGUCCUUGAGA